UUGGCACAUGUCUCGUGAUUUAAUGCCGAUUUAUUGAAGUAGUUUGGUUAUGUCCAUUAAUCAACUAUGAAUUUCGCUUUCUACGAUUGCGAAAUCUAAAAUGUUCGAGCACUCAGUCAAAGUACCGAGACACUAUAAAGUAGCAGCGAAUAUCUUAAAAAAAGUUUCCACUGAAGGCGGCAGUGUUAAGACUUUGUUAUACGACGAUAAACUCCGUCACUUCAGGACCAAUGUGCUUUUUGCACUGAUAACAGAGACCAUUAAACAUUCUGAUGUCAUUAACAAAAUAUUUGAAAGCUGUGACAUACUGCAAAAUGAAAUCCGACUAGAUCCGUGGCUAGCGAAAAUACUCACAGCAGAGCUGCUAUAUGGUAAAAAAGUUUUACCGGGAAAAAGUAAACCAGAGCAAACAAUCUCAUCUUACAAAGAAAAUUUUGAAAAAUAUCUAUCUGAACAUCAAGAUGAUUCGCAGAUUCAAGAUGUUCCAAAACCUCGUUACGUGCGCAUAAACACGAACUUGUUGACAACAUCGGAUGCAAUCAGAGCCUUCCAAGAUGAAGGGUACCACUUCGUUCGCUGUACCUCAGGAUCCUAUGAAGACUACCUCAAGCAGAUUCAAAAUCUUUCCGAGGAAGACUUCACCCAGGAUUAUCAUGUCAAAACAAUAUUUGUAUUUCCGCCGGGAACUAAACUACAUGACCAUGAACUUUAUUUUGAGAGCAAAAUUAUUUUACAGAAUAAGGCAACGGCCAUGGCGGUUCACUUGCUGGCUCCUCCUUCUGGUAGCAUAGUUUUGGACAUGUGCGCCGCACCCGGCAUGAAGACAACCCAAACAGCAGCGUAUAUGAGAAACAACGGUAAAAUAUACGCAAUCGAGAGAAACGAGAAACGAUUUGAAACGUUGCGUGAUUUCGUUAACAAAACCGGGUCUCAUUGUGUCGAACCAAUCCACCGAGACUGUCUGGAGAUUAAGAAAGGAGAAUUCGAUGACGUGGAAUAUAUACUACUGGACCCUAGCUGCUCGGGAUCUGGUAUGGAUAUAAGCGUUCACAACUAUAUAGAAGAGAGCAGAUUGGCGAAGCUCACGUCUUUACAAGAGAAAUUUUUGAAACACGCCAUGAACGCUUUUCCCCGAGCCAAAAGGAUAGUGUACAGCACAUGUUCGUUGUUCCCCGAGGAAAAUGAAAGGGUCAUAACCAAUGUUGUCAAGACAUCGAGGACUAAAUGGAGAGUGCAAGAUGUUAAGGAAUUACUGAAAGGCCAGUGGAAGAACUUCGGGUCAGCUAUGUACGGAAGCAUGGGGACCAGGUGUAUGUACGCCCGGCAGGAUUCAGAUUUGACUACAGGCUUUUUUUUAGCGGUUUUGGACAGAGACCCUAAAGAUCUAGAGAAAAGUUUGAAAAAUCAAGAACAGAAUGGUGAAGUAGUUGAGGAGGAAGUCUGUGAGAAAGAUAAAGAAUCAAAAGCCGAUUAUGAACAAGAUAGGGACGUGAAUGAAUUAGAUACGCAAGUAGAUUCAGUACAGAAACGAAAAAGGAAGAAAGAGAGAUCAGACGAAACUCACUCAACAAUUAUUGAUUCAGAAGGAAAUAAUUUAAUAGUUGAUACUAUGUCUGAAGACAAUGCCUUAAGGGUGAGUGAAUCAGAAACAUCAAAGAAGAAAAAGAAGAAGAAAAAAUCAAAAGAUACUGAAUAUUAUUCUAUCGAAAUUACUACUGAAAAUAACAUUGACAUUAAUGAAAAACAUAACAAAAUGCUAAAUAAGAAUAAAGUAUACGACACAGUUAAAUGUGAAAAUACUGAAAAAGACAAACUGAUUGUGGAUGCCGACUUAGAAGAACCCGUCAAAAAGAAGAAAAAGAAAAAAGAUAAGCGUGACGAAACAGAAGAAUAUAAUGUUGAAAACGGUAAUGCAAAAAGGCAAUCAAAAAAGAGAAGUAAUAACAAUGAUUUUAAUGAAAUUGCAGAGAAGACAGAAAAUAUUGAAUCAGACAAAGUACCAAAAAAGAAAAAGAAAAACAAAAAUUAAAUGUCCAUUUUAAAUGGUUUAUACUUAAAUAAAACGAAAUUUGCGAAUAAAAUUCAUUUGUGUGUUUUUAAUAAAGCAAUUGUUAGGGUGUGAUUAUAAAAACAUUAAACAGCGUCUUCAAACCAUAUAAGAAGAUUACUAAAUUAAACCCGUUAAUAGUCCAUUUACCUAUAGUAAAACCCAGUGAAGGUCAUUGUUUGAAAAAAUACCAUUUAUUGGGAGGUUUAAAAUUGAGUCUGAGUGAUUUUGAAAUUAAUAUCAUUAAAAAUUUUAAAACGCCCGUAACGAUGAUUACGUAAAAUCAAGUUGGCCUUAAUCUAACCAGUCGUUAAUGUGUUCACAUUGUCAGUCUAGAAUUUUUGGUAAUAAUUGCCUUCUAAAACCUGCCUUUUCUGUCUAUCGAUCCAGAAUACACAAAUGAUUCGACGAACACACGAAUUUAAAAUCAGACGGUUACAACCACCCGUAUAAUUAGGCUCAAAGGACUUAGUUACUACUAGUACCUUUUACCGUAAAAUGUAACAAUGGCGUCAGUUAAGCCAUUAAAAAGGUGAAAUUCUCAGAAUGUAGGUCCACACAUGAGUACGAAGUAUGUGCCGGUACCGCUGUGUACAGACCUUAUCUCGUCAUUAAAUACCGCUCGUAAAUGGGGCAAACAUCAUGCGGCGAUACUUAUUUCGUCUAGCCACUGUUU